AUGGUCGCCAAUAAGCGCUGCGUGAAUACGAUAUAUGAUGGAUCUAAUAUACAUAGCCUCACUGCGCGGUUUAAACGUUCUUUGAUUACAAGUUAUGAAGAAUCCCAAUAUCGUGGCCUCCACUGCUAUCACUCAAUAGAAGUCUCUCGGAAACCAACCUUGGAAAAGAGAGAUAAAAUGGCCGGCAAAGACAAAGACAAAGACAAAGACAACAACACCAUCCCGGAAAACGAAAUGUUCUCCUGCUUCACCGACACCCACGGCGUCAUAACAAGCACCAUGAACGACCUCCCAGGCCACAAAGUCACCCGCGUCCUCGGCACAGUCUACGGCCUAACAGUCCGCUCCCGCAACUGGGGUGCCGGUCUAGGCGGUGUCGCACGCUCCAUAGUCGGCGGCGAGAUUCGCGUUUUCACCAAAUUGCUUUAUACAGCUCGCAAUGAGGCGGUGGAGAGGAUGGUGGGGGAGUGUAUAUCUAGGGGUGGGAAUGCGUUGAUUGCGGUCAGGUUUGAUGUUGUUGAUAUGGGAGGGUUUUCGCAGAUAUGCGCUUAUGGGACUGCUUGUUUGGUGGAGAGGGUUAAUGAGUAG